AUGCAAAAGAUAGGCACACACACGCGGUGUGAUGCCGACACGGGUAUCUACACCUCGAAUGUCGACUACAGCCCCGAGACUGCAUCAUGUGUAUACGAAUAUCUUCUCGGCUCUGUCGACUUUGAUGAUCAGCAAGAAGUGCUGAGAGAAUGCAGCGGCGGAAGGUCCAUCAGUCUCGGUCGACUCAAGCUAGAUGCGCAAAGGCUCGGCACCGGCCUGGUCCACAAAUGCAAGCUCAAGCCUGGCGACACUGUCUUGCUCUACCUCUAUUCUUCCAUCGACUUUGCCGUUGCUCUUCUCGCAUCUCAGUUUGCCGGUCUUCGUGUCGCACUUGCCAAUCCGGACUACCUACCGACCGAGCUCAAGCAUGUGUACCGCCUCACCAAGCCCAAAAAGGUUUUCGUCCAGUCGCGCUACAUGCACAGACUCAGCAAGGCGGCCAUCGGUGGCCAGUCUGUCAUCAUCACCGACGGAGACGUGGCUGGCUUUGGCGGGGUUCUGUCGAUCAAAGGCCUCAUGACCAACGAGGCUGCUGCAAAGCAAGCCAAAUUGCACGUUCCGGCAGAUCUCAGCGAGACGGCAUAUCUGCCUUUCAGCAGUGGCACAACCGGUUUACCCAAAGCCGUCGAGAUUUCGCACAGCAACGUCAUCAACAUGGUCGAGAUCUUCCGCCACACGCCGACUCUUUUCCCAAAGCAUGAGGACGGUUCAGAGAUGCAGUUUCGUGCUCUCAACUUCCUGCCUUUCUUCCAUGCAUACGCACUCAUCCUCAUGCUGCACUAUCCGAUUCGCACGCGGGGACAUACCAGCAUAAUGCGACCUUUCCAGCCGGAAGCGUACUGCCGUUUGGCGGCGGACCUCAACGUCAACUUUCUGACGCUGGUACCGCCCGUCCUCACUUUGCUGACCAAACAUCCAGAUGCAACACCAGAAGCAUUCCGCAGCGUCAAGCAGGCGAUCUGUGGAGCGGCUCCGUUAGAUUUUGAGACACAACACGCCUUUACACAAAAGACGGGCGUACCUGUUCAGCAAGCAUUUGGCAUGACUGAGACCACUGUUGGUGCGCUCGGCCUUCCCGGCGACGAACCAUCGGGCUCAGUUGGAUGUCUUUACCCUGCAACAAAGGCACGGAUUCGAGACGUACAAAGUGGCAAGCACCUCGGGCCAGGCCAACGCGGCGAACUGCUGAUCCAAGGUCCACAGGUAUGCAAAGGCUACUAUGGCAAUCCGACGGCGACACGAGACACUUUCACCGAGGACGGCUACCUUCGCACUGGAGAUAUAGCUAUCGUCAAUCCUCGAACUGGCGAGUUCAGCAUCGUGGACCGACUCAAGGAGCUGAUCAAGUACAAGGGAUUCCAGGUCGCCCCAGCCGAGCUGGAAGGCGUGCUCGUCUCUCAUCCUGCCAUCGCAGCUGCAGCGGUUGUCGGUGUCUACGACAAGCAACAAGGCACCGAACUUCCACUGGCCUUUGUUGAGCUCAAGGCAGGUCACGCAAAAGAUGCAAAGGUGGCAAAGGACAUUGACUCCUUCGUAAGAGCCAAGGUCUCGCAUCACAAGUAUCUUCGCGGUGGGAUUCGCUUUUUGGACAAGAUCCCGGUGAGCGCGAGCGGCAAGAUUUUGCGGAAAGAGAUUCGCAAACUGCUGAGCGCUGAAGUACAGUCGAAGCAGUCAACAGGUGAAAAGGCACGGUUAUGA